UGGUCUCGCGAGAGCUGCCGGUCGCCGGAAGUGGGCGGUGACCCCGGAAGUUCCCGCGCGACGGAGCUGUUUGGUGCGAUCGACUGGGCCCCGGGGUUCCCGUCAGUCGGUUCCUGCGAGGGCUGCCCCUGCCGGACCUGCCAUGGACGAUACCCUGUUCCAGUUGAAGUUCACGGCAAAGCAGCUGGAGAAGCUGGCCAAGAAGGCAGAGAAGGACUCCAAGGCGGAGCAGGCCAAAGUGAAGAAGGCCCUUCAGCAGAAGAACGUGGAGUGCGCCCGCGUGUAUGCCGAGAAUGCUAUCCGCAAGAAGAAUGAAGGUGUGAACUGGCUCCGCAUGGCAUCCCGCGUGGACGCGGUGGCCUCCAAGGUGCAGACGGCCGUGACCAUGAAGGGGGUGACCAAGAACAUGGCGCAGGUGACCAAAGCCCUGGACAGGGCGCUGAGCACCAUGGACCUGCAGAAGGUCUCUGCGGUGAUGGACAGGUUCGAGCAGCAGGUGCAGAAUCUGGACGUGCACACGUCGGUAAUGGAGGACUCCAUGAGCUCGGCCACCACGCUGACCACGCCACAGGAGCAGGUGGACAGUCUCAUCGUGCAGAUCGCCGAGGAGAACGGCCUGGAGGUCCUGGACCAGCUCAGCCAGCUGCCCGAGGGCGCCUCCGCCGUGGGGGAGAGCUCCGUGCGCAGCCAGGAGGACCAGCUGUCCCGGAGGUUGGCCGCCUUGAGAAACUAGCCGAGAUCCUGCUGCAGGGCCCUGCGUCCCCCGCCUCGACGUGCGGGAAGGGCCGGGGACGAGGGCUACAUCUCCCCCCCCUCCCCCCCACGCCUCUUGCCUUCCUGCACGCCCUGCAGCGCAGCCCUGACCUCCAGGCCUGGGAAUUGUUCCUCUUAGCGUAGACGGUGGCUCUGUGUCCUGGUGGGUGAGUUUGCACAAACUUCUGACUUCUGUGGGUUAUUUCUGUGACUCCGGGCUGACCAGCUUGGGGUUCUGCAGGCCUCCCCCUCUCCAUCUCCUACCCUCUGAGGAGUUGAUGGGGACUGACCAGUGGACACUGUGUGGACCGUGGGGGCCUCUGGACUCUGUGCUGCUGGCAGUCAGCAGGGGUCAGGGCUGCUUCCUGCUUCGGGCCAUGUCCCCACUCGGGGUUUCGGUGUAAGGCUCCAGACUCCCGAGUCCAGGCGGGCCCACCCAGGGGCGGGGGGGGAGGGGGGGGGAGGUGUCUCGUUCCACUGCCGCCUCCGGAGGACCUGGGCCCUGAGAGCCGUGUCGUGUGUCCUCCAGGAACUCAGGGUCUGCACCGAGGCCCCUCCCAGCGGGGAGCAGACAGUCUCAUGCUACCGGUCGGGUGCUGCCCCUGCACCGUGCUCUCCUGUACUGUAAAUAAUAGGUGCCUCCCCGCGACUGGGCUCUCCUCCUGCCCACACCGUCAGACCUGGAAGUCAGAGUGGCUGGCCGGAGCUCGGGGGCUGGGAGAGGUGCCCCCGGCAGGGCCGUGGCAGCCACAGCCAAGCAGCUGGCUGCAGCCCCCUCCUGAAGAUUUUCCAUGACGGGCUGCGGUUUCUAGUUUUUUCAUUUCCUGAAGUUUACUUUGUUUUCUUGAAGCUUCCUGGGUUUUUUGUUUUUUUGCCAAAACAGGAGCAGGCGGCAGAUGGGGGGGUGUUGGUCCAAGCCUCCUUCUUGGCACAGGCUGGGGGGGGUGGGGGGUGGGUACUUCGUGGCUGGUACUGAGCAGGGACCAGCUCCGCGCUCGACUGACCCCCCGACCAGUCCUCCCCAGAUGCCUUCAGCUUCCGGGGCUGCCCUCACACCCACGGCUCUUGUGAACGGAAACGUUGGAGACCCUUACCGUGACUCGCUACGUCUGAUCUCUUGGGCCUGGUGGCUGUGGGUGUUCUGUGAAGUCCGCUGUGUUGGCCUGGGCACUCGGGACAGUGAUGGGAGACCCCAGAGGGAGGGUGAGAGUGCUGGCUUCCCUUCCUCAGUGCCAACCUCGCCUCACUCCCUGGCCGUGGUCUCUCAGGGCGCCCACGUGCAGGGGUGCAGAAAAGGUCCUGAGAGUCCUGCUGCCCAGGGGAUACAGGGCUCCGUGGCUGUGGCUCAUCAAAGAGCAGUGGGUGUGUUUGCCCGGUUCCUAAAACACUGUUGUGAGUAAACAAAUUGAUCCCUGAGAA